AUAUAUACGUUCAGGCCAUAAAGUUACAUAACUUGGAAGUCAGCUGUUUAAAAAGAAAAAUAUGUAUUGUAAAAAAUUUUAUUGCUUAUAAACAUUAGAAACUCACGUUCUUUGCGAAUUGACAAUCCAUAUUGCAGUACAUUAUGUUUAUUCGCGAGAACAGGAAUCAAGGAAGUAGUCGAGGUGGCAGAGGUAGAGGCAAUGGACGAGGUGGAGGUCGAAAUGUCAGAAACGAAAGCAGUCGUGGAGGUGUCAGGGGAAAAUUCAAUCCUCGAGGUGCAAGUCAAUCAAAUCGUGGCGGUAUUAAUAAACCAAAAACUCAUGGAGAAUCUCUACAAAAAUUAAAUUGGGAUUUAGGAUCUUUGGAGACGAUACGAACUAAUUUCUACAGUGAACAUCCGUCUGUGCGAAAUAGGUCUGAAGAGGAAAUCCAGUAUUUUCGUAAAGAGGCAAAAAUAAUAGUGAAAGGGAAUAAUAUUCCAAAUCCAAUUCAGUACUUUGAAGAGGGAAAUUUUCCGCCUUAUGUAAUGGAUGCAAUAAGGAAACAGGGAUUUUCUCAACCGACACCCAUUCAAGCGCAAGGUUGGCCAAUUGCUUUGAGUGGAAGAGACCUCGUCGGUAUCGCUCAGACUGGAUCUGGAAAAACACUUGGCUACAUUUUGCCUGCUAUCGUUCACAUAAUUAACCAACCGCGGCUGAAUUUAGGUGAGGGUCCAAUUGCCUUAGUUUUAGUACCAACACGAGAAUUGGCGCAACAAAUCCAAGAAGUGGCUAACGAUUUCGGCGAAUCUGCGUCAGUGAGAAAUACUUGCAUUUACGGAGGUGCACCCAAGGGACCACAGGCUCACGAUUUAGAAACUGGUGUCGAAAUCUGCAUUGGCACUCCCGGACGAUUGAUUGAUUUUCUAGAAAAGGGAAAUAUUAACUUAAGAAGAUGCACGUACCUAGUGCUAGACGAAGCAGACAGAAUGCUCGAUAUGGGUUUCGAGCCUCAAAUUCGCAAAAUAAUAGGACAAAUCCGACCGGACAGACAAGUUUUAAUGUGGUCAGCGACAUGGCCAAAAGAAGUGCGAAAUCUCGCCGAGGAAUUUUUAACCGACUACAUUCAUUUGAAUAUUGGCUCUCUGAAUUUGUCCGCGAAUCACAAUAUCAUUCAGAUUGUUGAUGUCUGUCAAGAAUCGGAAAAAGAUUUCAAAUUGAUAAGAUUGUUACAAGAAAUAAGUACCGAACAGGAAAAUAAGACAAUUAUAUUCGUUGAAACUAAGAGAAAAGUUGAUGAUAUUACGAAAAAUAUUGUACGUGACGGAUGGCCGGCUUUAAGUAUUCACGGAGAUAAGAAUCAACAGGAAAGAGAUCAUGUUUUGCACGAGUUUCGCAGUGGACGAGCAGCAAUUCUAGUUGCGACUGAUGUUGCCGCUAGGGGUUUAGAUGUGGAUGAUGUAAAAUAUGUGAUCAAUUUUGAUUAUCCAUCGUCAUCGGAGGAUUACAUUCAUCGUAUUGGAAGAACUGGUCGUAAGCAUCAAACCGGAACGGCGUACGCUUUCUUUACGACUCAAAAUAUGAGGCAUGCUGGUGAUUUAAUAGAAGUUUUGCGAGAAGCUGGACAAAGUAUUAAUCCCCGAUUGAGCGAAAUGGCAGAAAUGGCGAAAUCCACUUCUGGUAACAAAGCUAACAAACGCUUUGGAGGAAAUUCGUCGCAAUUCAAAGAAAGUGACAGCAAACGUGGAGGAUUCGAUGGUAGAGGAAGAGGACGAGGCAAUAGAGGUCGAGGAGGCGGAAGUAAUCGUGGUGGGAAUUCCUAUCAAUCAAGACCAGCCACCACAUUCACUGGAUCCAAUUACAAUAAUUACAAGCCAACAUAUUCAAAUACAGGAUAUGACAACAAUGCGAAAAAAAAUUACGGACAAAGCUAUAAUUUUCAAGGCUACGGUGGGUCAAAUAAUUACCAACAAUACAGAGACACGUCGUACUAAGAAUUUAGAAAUUCUAAAUAUGUUCACACAAAACUUUUUCCUUAAAGACAAAAAAGAAAUAGGGGAAAAAAGUGACUUAGCUAUAUCCAUAAUUAUCGUUCUAUCAAUAAGGAAUUGCGCGCACGCAAUGAAUUUUUAUCGUCCAAAAAAAAAAAAACUUGUUCUCUCACUUUAAUUUUAUUGCAUAUCAAAAAACUUUGCAAUUUCAUAUUUCACACAGUCCAAAGAUUAGACUUUAAAAAGAAAAAAAAGUAAGAUUAAUUAUAUUAAAAUUUCGAUUUUUUUUCUUUUAAUUUAGAUAGUCUUGCUAAAAAUAUAAGUGCAAUUAAACAUUUUUAGAUAUAAUUGUGAUGACGAGCUAUAUUAGAAGAUUUAGAGGAUUAUUAUGAAAAAUGAAAAUGAGUUACAAGUAUAGUACUUGUAGAUCUUUAUUGUAUGUAUCUAUCUAAUUUUCUUUCUUUUUUUAGAAACAUUUUCAUUAUUGAUAAUGAUUUCAAAUUCAAAUAUUAUCAAUAUUGAUUAUUGAUAAUUGAUAAUAUUUUUCAAGUGUUUAGCUACUUGAAGAAAAAGUAUUUUGUUUGCAAAGUUCAGUAUUAUCAUUAUUAAUAAUGAUAGUUUUUUAAUAAUUGGCUUAAAUUUCUGUUAUGUUGUUAGUUAGAUUAUAAUAUUUACGUUAAUUCCGAAUAUCAUUUGUUGUUUGUCGUUAUUUAAUUUAAUUCACUUGAGAUAAUAUAUUAAAGUAUUGAAUAAGAGGAGAAUUAUCAUCAAUUUGUAAAGUAAAUUGACAGUUGUUUUUAGAUCUCUAAAUUACAAUUUGAUGCAUAUUGAAUGUUAUCCUAAGUUUAUGAAGAUAGUUUUAAAUCUCUAAAAUUGAAAAUAAUUAUAGCACAACGAUUUUUUUGUUUGUUUUCUAUAAAUGAGAAAAAAGGAUUAGCAUCGAGUGUGAAAUAUAAUUGAUGCAUCUAUAUAUUGUUAGGAUACUACUUUCUGUGAUCUAUUAAAUUAAGGAUCUCUCAAAGUAUUUACAUCCAAUUUUUGUGAUUUAUCUUAACAAAAUAAAGUUGACUUUCCAAAAUAAUGUUGUAAAU